CAGCUAAAGAUUUUUGCUGAACUUAAACAAACUGCAACAGAUUUUUUUUUUUGUUUACUUUAUCACUCUCAGCAAAACAAACAGAAAGGGAAAUGAAAGGCAGUUUGUGCCCGAGAUUCAACACGCAUUGGCCAAAUGUCACUCUCUUAUCACAAGACUGCGCUACGACGAGAGAGAAAUGUCACUUUUCCAUGCAUUACGAUAAGAUGCAAUUAAGUAAACGAUUGAAAAGGAAAAAAAUAACCUUCCCGUGCAUAAAGCACACACUCUUCCUCCAACACAAGUAGCGACAGCAGCAGCAACACGCCGCGAACCCUCAACGGCGUACUUAAUUGAAUUAGAAGGUAUCAAAGCACAAAACAAACACAGCUAACUUUGUUUAGAGAAUUCGCACAGUUCGCAUCAACGUGCGGCACAUAGAUCAAACACGCAAGGAAUCUGCGGUGAAAUGCAACAUUGAUCGUAGUUAACUGACGCGUGAAUAUUACGGUGUACAAAAGAAAGCAAAGCGUAAAACAUGGAUUCAACUGAUAAUCAAUCGGCUCCCAGUGUCACACUAGAGUCAUCCGUGCCGGUUACGGAGGGCAUCAAUAUUGCGAAACGGUAUAACGACCGUUCGGAUAAUUUGUACUUCCUGUUUAUUCCCUUGGCUGUUCUGGUUACAGUUAUGUUACUGUCCGUUGUGGUUUACUUGAUGGCGAGGCGUCGCCAUAAGAUCCGGUCCAAGUACAGCUACGUUCCCAGUUUUAGUUUCGAAUCGUCUGAUCUGGAUGAUGAGCGAGAGGAACGCGAAACGGAUCAUCUACUGAAAGGUGGGAAGCUUCGGCUGGACGAAUCAACAUUUGAAGAUGCGUCCAGCGUGAAUCCGUUUGCAGGAACACGCUCCGUAGGUAGUCGCGAACUGUUUGCUUAAUACAAUUAAGCAGUGCCCCACUUUGCCAUUUCGUAAGCUUGGUAGUGUUAGAAUAGAUACUAUUAGUGAAGGUUUGUGAUACUACAAUGCAACAGAGCAAACAAUGUACUGCAACACCAAAGAAAACACGAUGGACCGUCGACGAGCGGGACGGGUUCAUUGGAACGAUAAGCAGACUAUUCGAUUCGAUUUGCUACACAGUCAUGCACGAUGGCCACCAUUCGUUGUAUCUCGUUUGUGAUAUCGCAACGAAGGAAAUAUUUCUUACGCAUUAUAGGGAACGAAUACGAUUUUGUGUACCAUUAACAUUACGAUACAUUUGUUCAUCUACGAUGUUCGAUUACAUCUAACAAUCCAUUAUUGAA